AUGAAAUCGAUCAUAUUAUUAUCGAUCCUCGCCUUGACAUCAGGGGCUAAGCUUAAUAGGGCAUAUCUUCCCCCUGAACAUGCUCAAAGUUCAAGUGGAUCGGAAUUUCUCGAAGCUCCGAUUUCUCAACCUAUUGUCGUAGACGAAGACGUUGUUUAUCACAAAUCAAGCGGUGAGAUAAACGGAAUAAAUGCUAACCAACAACAAAUAAAUGGAUUCAUUCAAAUCGGAAGCCAUGGAAGUAGCUUCGCUCAUGGCACCGAAGCGCAUGAAAACGCUCAUUAUCACGGACAGAAUUUGAAUGUUGUCCAAGAAAGACCUGAACGUACACAAGCUGCUAACGAAAGACAUGCGGCAGUUCUUCGUCAAGAGUACGAGAGCGAUGGACAAGGUUACGCAUAUGCAUACGAGACCGAAAAUGGUAUUUAUGGUGAAGAAAAUGGUGUAGCGAAGAAUGGUGUCAUAGCAGAAGGAGCAUAUUCUUACACCGGUGACGAUGGAAUUCAAUACACCAUCAAAUAUACUGCUGACGAAAAUGGCUUCAGACCACAUGGGGAUCAUUUACCAACACCUCCCCCAAUUCCUGAAGAAAUCCUCAAGUCUCUAGAACAAAAUGCCCGUGAUGAAGCAGCUGGAAUUUAUGAUGAUGGAUCCUACGAUGAAGAAAAGUAUGGCGAAAAAGCUGAAUACAAUAUAAACCACGGUAACCAUGGUAUUGAGCAGCAAGCCAAUAUUGUUGUGCACGAUGACCACGAUCACAUUGCAAACGCCGAAGAAGGAAACCCGAUAGUCACCGAUGCAAUUCUCGUACCCGAACCUCACUUGCAACGACCUAUUUUCAGAAAUCCCACUCUUGGACAGCACGUUAUUGUAAAUAUCCCUGUCAAUAAAAGCUACCUACCACCAAUUCACCAGCAGACCAUAGAAGAUCGAUCAUCUGAAGGUGGAAAGCCCGUUUUCGGAACGAAGAAUCGCCAACACAGCUUUAACUCAAAGAGUGGAUAUAAGUAUUAA